AUGAGCGACGUUGAGGUUGCGCCGCCCAUAAACGAUCCAGCAGAAAACCUUCCCAAAUACUGUGACUUCUUCAAAUAUUUGCUUGUUGAGGAGCUGGUGCUGGAACCCGAUUACCGACAGAUCCAUUACGGAAAGUGUGCCGUCAUUGGACGCCUUUGUGCCAUUCCGGAUAAUUUUAAACUGGAAAACGUGUCGAUACCACACCUGCCAAGUGUAUACAAGCUGCCUACUGGCGCUGUGUCCCUGCUCCUACUGAACUUCAGCUACGAGAACAGCUGCACAGGAAGUCUGGCUAACGGAGCGUACUGUAUUAUGCGUGGCGAGAUUGUGCUAUGCAACGUGCAAAAGCCGAAUAGCCCCACUUUGACCACACGGGGUUUACACGAGCAAUUGCUCCGAUUGGACGACAGCGGCAAAGAGAGGUCCACGUUAUUAGAGAACGUGCAGAAAACUCACAAGCCUGCGCUGUACGUAUGGCACUCAAGUCGGAUUAACCAGGCCGAGGAGUUAAUUCAACGUCGACUUGAGAUUCGUGUGCUGUGCAAAUAG